AAAGAAAGUAGCCAGUUGAGUAUGCUUCAAUUAAUAUUAUUAUCAUUAUUAUUAAUUAUGAACAAAUUAUUUACUUGCUACUGAGUGGAAAAUAUCUUCCUAAAAUAGUAAGAAAUAAAAGGCAAAUAGCUAAGGUGCGAUUUCUUUGGGAAAAGGUAAUUGCUGCUAUAAUGAAAAUGAAACCAGUCAAAAAAUUUCUGCGGGUGGGAGUCCCGGUUUCCGGUUUGUAGCACGUGGCGCUUAACUUAAGAGACUAAUCGACUACGCUCGGACAAGGAUCCUCCCAGAUCUCCCACCUUUGGAAUUUUCUCUUUCAACUAUUUUUCAACUUGUUCAAUCUUUGCCUUUUUUUUUCUUUCUUCACCGCAAACAAGAUAAAGUGCAGGUUGAUUAGCAAUGGCGAAUGUAGACAUGGAGGGGAUCUUGAAGGAGCAGCCGUGUGAUGAUGUUCGAGUUCCAAAGACUAAGAUCGUGUGCACCCUGGGACCGGCUUCUAGAACGGUGCCGAUGCUGGAGAAGCUGCUUCGUGCAGGGAUGAAUGUUGCUCGAUUCAACUUCUCACAUGGCACCCAUGAGUACCACCAGGAGACUCUCGACAACCUCAAGAUUGCUAUGCAGAACACUCAGAUCCUCGCGGCUGUCAUGCUCGAUACCAAGGGCCCCGAGAUUCGAACUGGUUUCCUCAAGGAUGGAAAACCAAUUCAACUGAAGGAAGGCCAGGAAAUCACUAUAACAACUGAUUACACCAUAAAAGGAGACGAAAAAAUGAUCUCUAUGAGUUAUAAAAAACUGCCCGUUGACUUGAAACCGGGAAACAAUAUUCUGUGCGCAGAUGGUACCAUCACAUUUUAUGUUUUGUCAUGUGACCCUGCUGCUGGAACUGUGAGAUGCCGGUGCGAGAACACUGCCAUGCUGGGCGAGAGGAAAAAUGUCAACUUACCCGGCGUUGUUGUGGAUCUUCCUACGCUUACAGAUAAGGACAAGGAAGAUAUCCUCGAAUGGGGCGUUCCUAAUAAUAUCGAUAUGAUUGCUCUCUCCUUCGUGCGUAAGGGAUCUGAUCUAGUUAAUGUCAGAAAGGUUCUCGGCCCUCAUUCCAAGCGUAUACAGUUAAUGUCAAAGGUUGAGAACCAAGAGGGGGUCAUCAACUUCGAUGAAAUCCUCCGUGAGACUGACUCGUUCAUGGUUGCUCGUGGCGAUCUUGGAAUGGAAAUCCCGGUGGAGAAGAUAUUCCUUGCGCAGAAGAUGAUGAUAUACAAGUGCAACCUUGCUGGAAAACCUGUCGUGACUGCUACGCAGAUGCUCGAGUCCAUGAUCAAGUCUCCGAGGCCAACCCGCGCCGAGGCGACCGACGUGGCCAACGCUGUCUUGGACGGCACCGACUGUGUGAUGCUCAGCGGGGAGAGCGCUGCCGGAGCUUACCCAGAGCUUGCCGUGAAGAUCAUGGCUCGAAUCUGCGUCGAAGCUGAGUCUUCUCUCGACUACGCGGCGAUCUUCAAGGCGAUGAUCAAGUCGACCCCACUGCCGAUGAGCCCCUUGGAAUCGCUCGCGUCUUCGGCCGUGCGCACGGCGAACAAGGCGAGAGCGAAGCUCAUCGUCGUGAUGACGCGCGGCGGGUCCACGGCCAAGCUGGUGGCCAAGUACCGGCCGGCUGUCCCAAUAUUGUCGGUGGUCGUCCCGCUUCUAACGACGGACUCAUUCGAUUGGUCGGUGAGCGACGAGACCCCGGCGAGGCAGAGCCUUGUGUACAGAGGCUUGAUUCCGGUUCUUGCUGAAGGAUCUGCGAAAGCCACUGAUACUGAAUCGACUGAGGUCAUUCUUCAAGGGGCGUUGAAGUUUGCUACCGCCAGAGGGCUCUGCCAGUCGGGCGACGCGGUCGUGGCCCUGCAUCGCAUCGGAGCUGCAUCGGUAAUCAAGAUUUGCGUGGUCAAGUAAGUGUGUCAUCUCCAUGCCUAGAUUGGAUGGGAGUUGGUUGGAGGUAUUAUUAUUCUAUGUUUUGUGAGUGAUGGGCUGCCAUUUUUAAUAUUGCAAGCAUACUACAUAAUAAUGCAAUGCAGGCAGUGAUGUGUGAUAUGUAUUUCAGAGUUUGUGAUUAUCUUGUUUUCAUCUUCGUCUUAUCGAAUUCACACAUCAAAACCUUUGUCAA